GAAUAAUUCAUGCCAAAAUUCUUUCUCUUUCAUCUGAAACUCGUUGUUCGCACUGUCAUAUUUGCAGAAUUCUAUUUGUUGUGAUUCAUUGAGAGCGAUUCUUGGAGUAAUUUGCAUCGCGACUCAGGAUAUCGAACUUGCGAUUGUUAUACAUACGCCCGAGAUCUGGUGGACAUCGCAUAUGACUUAAUGUUGACCGCGUGUUGAAACAAUCACCUUACGCAACGAGUUUCUCUCAGACUUAAUUAUUACACCAUAUAAUCUCUUUCUCGAACAGAGGACGGUACUUUACCGCACCAAAUGAAGCUUUGCAAUACAUCGUAAUGGGACAGCUCGGCGACUUAUCGCCUGGGGGAAGUGUGGCUAUUGGGAUAUUAGUAGGACUCAUAUCCACGAGUGUCCAAAGUCUCGGUUUAACCCUCCAACGCAAAUCACAUAUUCUAGAAGACGAGAAAGGGGCACAUCAUGUUCGAAGACCGCCGUAUAGAAGGAGGAGAUGGCAGUUGGGUAUGGGCAUGUUUAUCAUAUCGAAUCUUGUGGGCAGUACGAUCCAAAUAACAACUUUACCUUUACCUGUAUUGUCGACUUUACAAGCUUCGGGUCUGGUCUUCAAUUCUAUUUGCGCAACUUUGAUACUGGGCGAACCAUUUACAAAAUGGUCUUUGGGGGGGACAUUAUUGGUUUCGACAGGUGCGAUCCUGAUUGCUAUAUUUGGGGCUAUUCCUGAGCCUGCUCAUACGCUGGAUCAACUACUAUUACUUCUCGGGCGACGAACCUUUGUUAUUUGGAUGAUAAUGCAGACUUUAUUGGUUGCAGGAAUAGUCACUCUUGCUUGGUUUCUGGGGAGAGUUCCAAGAAUCUCUGCAAGUCCUCGAAUCCGACUCCUUAGAGGAUUGGCAUAUGGAUGUAUUAGUGGAGUAUUGUCAGCCCACUCUUUAUUGGUAGCCAAAUCAGCAGUCGAACUGUUGGUCCGAACAAUUAUUGAUCGACACAACCAAUUUGAUCGAUGGCAAUCAUGGGCUAUUCUCUUCGGUCUCAUCUUCCUGGCUCUCACGCAGCUAUACUUCCUGCAUCGCGGUCUCAAAUUAGUAUCCACCAGUGUACUAUAUCCACUGGUAUUUUGCAUCUAUAACAUCAUAGCCAUUCUCGAUGGCCUCAUAUAUUUCAAACAGACUGACAGACUAUCCGCCCUACAUGCAGGGCUGAUUGCUCUCGGGACAGCCAUUCUACUAUCCGGCGUCCUAGCUCUCUCUUGGCGUCUCAACGAAGAACAGACUCAACCAGCUGUAGCUCAAAGUGCGCUUGCCCCCGGGCUCGGCCUGGUCGAAGAUACUGACAACGACUCUUCAGAGUCCUGUAACGCAGAUGAAGAAGCCGCCAUCACAUCUGAACAUCAAGCUCUCCUAAGCGACGAACCCAUGACUCCAACCACUAAACUCGAUACGAUUAUUGGAGCAACAAGACAUGUGAGAAAAGCAGUUCGUCUUUCAGAAGUAGAUGAGAUUUGGGGUGAAUUAGAAGAUGAUGAUGCAAAAUCGACACCUACAAGACCAAAAGCAAAGAGACCAAAUUCUGCAUCGACAUUCCCUAGACCCUCGAAUUAUGAUGAGGAAGCGGGAAUGGACUCACCUAUUCCAGAUGAAAAUACCUCACUUCUUCAGCGGCAGGUAUCUUCUUCUCGUAGAAGAAGAAGACGUUCAACGGGCUUCCCGGGCUUUACAGCUCGUCCUACACCGAGGAAACGUCGAUCUAUGAGAUCAGAAAGUCAAGAUGCGACAGGUGGGUGGUGGAAGAUGAAAUGGUGGAGAGAUAGAGAUGGGUGGAAUGACAAAGGUUCUGGUCCUCCUUCUAGUGGUGAUGGGGGUGCGGGUACGGGACUGGGAAUCGCGGGGGUAGGUGGGUCGGACGCUGGUCCUUCGGAAACUGGAACGGGUAGUUAGGGAUACAUAUACCUUAUAUAUGAAUACUGCUUUUUUAUUUUUCUAGUCUUGUUUUUUUAAAUUUGAAAAUUGAAGGUUUCCUACCUAGCCUAUUAGGGAUGAGUUGAUGAAUAUGAAAGAUUGGGUGUUGGUCGUUAUUGUACAUUGAUUGGUUGUUUAUUUCUAUGAUACUUUUCCUUUCUACUCUUGUCUGGCUCUUCUUUUACCUUUUUUUUUCCCCCCUUGCCCUUCUCGUUAUUUUCUCUUUCUAUUACAGUAGAACGAAUGAAAGAAUGGACCGAUGGCGUUUGGAGGAAUUACAAGCAUGCUAGGUAUAUAUAUGGGAGCGCUGGCAUUGAUAUUGAAGUUUGCUGAGGCACAAGGAAUAAGGAAUAAGGAAUAAGGAAUGAGGAAUGAGGAAUAGGUAUAGGCAGAAGGAGCAAAAGAGAGAUUGGGGAGUGGAGUGGUAGUGUGAAGCAAUACAGAAGGGAGCGGGGAGAGAGUAGUUAAUUAUUACAUAGUUUAACAUGAUAUAUCAUGGACUUCA